GCGGACCAGAGGGUCGUCAACAUGGCUGCAGAGCUGCAAGCGGCGCGUGAGGAGCUUGAUAGGCUGCAGGAGCGCGCCGACCUCGAGCGCGCCGCCCGCGUCGACGCGGAGCGCGGGCGCCUGGCAGCAGAGGGGGCAGAGGCGCAGCUUUCGGGUGCUGCAGUGGUGCUGCGCGCGGAGCUGGGGGAGCGCACGGCCAGGUGUGAGGACCUCGAGAGGGUCCGGGAGGGCGUGCUCGAGGUGGUCUAUAAGGUCGGCGCUCAGCGGGAAGCGGUGCUCGAGGAGCACGGGCUGCUGCUGGAGAGGGCCGCCGCGGAGCGCCAGGCGCACCAGCACGCG